AUGUCUGAUCAUACUCAUCACCAUCAGUCGCACUCUGAGAAUACUGAUAAAAAUCAUUCUCAUUGGAAUGAGGCCGCAUCAACAUACAAUUCCAAGUUCGCCAAGACAAUCCAGCAGAUAAUCGACGAGAUCCAACAGCACCAUGAAUGGAUCGGCGUAAACUGGACAGAGGAGUCUGAUAGCGAGAAUGAGAGCUCUUCAUCAUCACCAAAGAAGAUCGUCCGGCUACUGGAUUAUGCUUGCGGAACUGGACUGGUGUCACGUGCAUUAGCACCAUAUGUCACCCAAUGCAUAGGUGUCGAUCUUACUGAAGGAAUGGUGAAAGAAUACAAUACGUCAGCUCGCAACCAAGGCAUACCAGAAUCCGAGAUGUUGGCCGUACAAGGAAAUCUCAUUGAUGCCAACACGCCGAAUCCUCCAGUGUUAGCCGGCAAAGAGUUUCAUGACUUUGAUAUUGCGGCUGUUGGGCUCGGGUUUCAUCACUUUGAUGAUCCCGGGCUGGCAGCAAAGAGGCUGGCUGAGAGGUUGAAGAGAGGAGGUGUGUUGUUCAUCGUGGAUUUCUUGCCGCAUCAGCACUUUCCAGCAAAUGGUGAGGAUAGCCACAAUGCUGCUAAGACUGUCACACAUAUGGGUUUCUCUCAGGAAGAUGUCAAAAAGAUGUUCGAAGACGCUGGUGUGGGUGCAAAUUUCGACUACAAGGUUAUUGGGAAGGGAAUUGUAUUUGAGGGUGGUGGGCAGAAGAUGGAGCGGAGUGUAUUUUUUGCCAAAGGAGCGAAGCUGUAA